GGGUGCACGCGGACAAGGACUUAAUCAUGAUGCCAGCCGCCGGGGCGGCAGAGACAUCCGAAGCAGCGCAUAUGGAGGAGGAGGAGGAGACAGACGAUGGAGAUGAGAUUGUGACUGAGGAAGAGAGGAUUGCUGAACAGAAGAAGCAGGACACCUCACCGAAAGAGGCGCCCAACGCGAACCUAAGGAGGGAGAAACCCUCAUGGGCACAGAGGAAAGAGCCCAAGAAGAUAUCUACGAAAGACACAUCAGACAAAUCAGAUCCCAGACCGUUGCCUCAGCCUCAGGAAAAGGAGAAGCAACCAAAUGAACAAGUUGUGCCUGGGAAAGAUAAACCAGACUCUGCAGCGUUGCCUCAACCUCUUAACAAGGAGAUGCAAGUAAAAAGACUAUCUGGGCAGGUGCAGGAGAAACAAAAGAAAAAAGGUUGGGGCCCGGCUCCCAAAGAAUACCUACCAACAGGGAACUUGAUAACUGGACAAAUGAAGGAAGGGACACGGCACGGRCAAUACAAAUUGAAAGGAAAACYGUCCGAAGGGUCUAUYGGCCAGAAAGAAGAGGGGAGCUCCAGAGCGGAACAGCGAGAUAAACAGACCGAGCCGGACCUGUUCGAGCAAGCUUUCGGCCUGGCACCCAUGGAAAUAGAAAUCCCCCUUGGCAUCCCCUCUCCUCCCCAAGCCCCGCAACCACCACCAGAAGUCGAUAUGGCGGAGGCACAGCAGGAGGAACUCACGGAGGACCGAGAACACUCGGAGGACCAACCUGAAGGGGUCAGUCUCCAGGCUAUGGCGGAUUGGCUAAUGGAAAGCCUUCACGUCAAGUACGGUGGGGGCGAUGAUGAAUUCUGGGAUGAAGUAUACAGAGCCCUGGUCCCCAUGCUAGAGAGCAGCGCCAGCCUGCAGAGGGCCCUGCUCCAUGGCUUACCUGAGGGGUCUAACUGGCCAAUCAUAUGCAACAAGCUUCUCUACAUUGUGCUCACUCGCUUCCAACCCCCUCCUCCCCAACAAGAGGCUGGAUAUAAGGAUGGGCAGGCCACGGCGGCGGGCAACUCAAAAGAAACGGAAGGGACCAAGGGACAAGAAUCAGGGGAGGGGGAGUCAUCGACACCGAGUGAAGGAAAUAAUCCGUCACGGGAGCAGAUUAAUGAAGGGGAGGAAAAAGAUCAGAUGGAUACAGGCCAGAAGGCUCACGACGGGAUAGGAAAAGGAGGUGAUAAAGAACGAUGUGCUCAGCAGGAAAAGGCUGCGGGGCAAAAGGGGAAGGCCAUAUGGAAAACCGAUGGCAGGGAGCCAGAAUUCACGGAAUGCUCUCAAGACACAUCACCGAGGGAGCAAUGGAAGCGAAAUUCUUCGCUAAGGCCAAAGCCAGACAUUGCAGAGUCCAUCAGACAUCUCAACCCAGGUCAACUUACGCUGGGGAGACCGAACAACUACGGCAAUGCACAAAUGGUUUGGAGUGCUGCCCAUGUUCUGGUGCAUUUCGGGGACGCCACCAUCACUGGGUUUAUCUCAGCGAGAAUGGUGAUCGGAUCGAUGUUUGAAGAGUGGUUGUCGAGGCUGACGAAUGAGCCAGAUGUUCGCAGUUGGGUUUACGAUUUGAUGCCUGAGUCGUCUUUCCUGGUGGCUGUUCACAAACCGCCGAAGAGUUUCGCUAGACCCGCAGAUUACAAGCCAAGUACAGGACAACAACUGCGUGGUCAGGAGUUCCAAUUGGGCAAUCGGAACUACACAAUGAAGUGUGAACACGUCAACGGCCCGCAUCCGGUUCCUUGGGGUCCAAUCAAGGCGUUUGUCAUAAUCGUGCUUGUCUCUGCGCUGGUCUUUUACAUCGUGUGGAGUUCGGCAGGGCGGCUCGAGCUUCUGCUGGAGAAUGACCAACUGAUUAAAGCAGAACAAAGUCUGCAAGAGUAUGCAAGAUUUGUUGAGGAGAAGUUCAAAGCAGCUGAGAACGCGGAUGAAGCCAAGAGUCAGUUUCUUGCAACAGUUACACAUGAAAUCCGGACUCCAAUGAAUGGUAUGCUUGGGAUGAUCUCCCUCUUGCUGGAUACCGAUCUCGACCCCACCCAGUUGGAUUAUGCGCUGACAGCCCAGUCAAGUGGUAAUGCCCUGGUUAAUCUCAUUAAUGAUGUGCUGGACCUUUCCAAGAUUGAGGCAGGGCGUAUGGACCUGGAGACUAUACCAUUCGAUCUCCGUGGAGAAGUCGAUGAUGUUAUCAGCUUAUUCAGUGAGAAAGUCCGCGCAAAGGGCAUUGAGUUGGCAGCAAUCAUGCAGGACGCGAUCUCCGAUGUUGUCGUUGGUGACCCAGGGAGAUUCAGGCAAGUGUUGGUGAACCUCAUAGGAAAUGCAUCGAAGUUUACGGAGCAAGGGCACAUUCUGCUAUCAAUACGCUUAGCGGAAGCGAAUGAAGUAAUCGAAGAUCCGCCGUCAUCUCCGAGAGUCCCUAUCACGGGGAGCACCCGGCCAGCCGGGUCCCUACCAGGGUCGGGGGCCAUGCUGAAGUCGAUCGGAAAGGCGUGGUCGGGGUUGGUCAGAAAGUCGGGGCUUAUGCAGCAGUCGGGUUCUUUGUCGAUGUCGGGAGCGGUGGGGAAAUCCGGGGCCUUGCCAACAUCAGGCAUGGUUGGGAAAUCGGGCGCCUUGCCAGCAUCAGGCAUGGUCGGGAAAUCGGGCGCCUUGCCCAGGUCAGGUAUGGUGGGGAAAUCGGGCGCCUUGCCCAGGUCGGGUAUGGUCGGGAAAUCGGGCGCCUUGUCCAGGUCCAGCAUGAUCGGCAGGUCGGGGGCGUUGGCGGGUUCAGGAAUGGUCGGAAAAUCGGGAAUCGUCCCGGGCUCAGGGGUUGUGUCCAGAUCUGGUGUGCUGCCUAAGUCCGAAGUAAUCAGACGGACAGGAUCGAUGGGGCACUCUCAGGUGCCGUUGUCAGGAGCCCUGGGCAAACCGGGUGGUCUGCGACAGUCAGGGUCAUUCCAAGGCAUGAGGAGAAUCAUACAAAAUAAAUCCGGCCAGUUUUUUGAUUUCCGACGCGAUAGCGGCAGGAUGAACCCAGACGGUGGACCGCUUGAACCAACAUUCAUUCAUAGCACUUUGACGGGCAAGCUUGCCGCCGACCAUUCACACAGCUUUUCUGAAAUCUCAAGGUGGUUGCAGAGUCCAGCACCGGAAGAGUAUGCGAGCAAUGAAGCACAAACGAAGACGGAAAGUAAGUUGAAGUCCGGAGGAUUAUGGGAAGGGAAAUCGGGAGCAUCCAUACUAAAGUCAGGAGCAUCAGUAGGAGGCGAACUGCAAAAGGACCCUCCGCAAAAGCCACGCAUUCGGCUUAUUAUGCCAGAAAUGGACGGAUUCGAGUGUGCAGAAGAGAUUCGAAAGCUGGAAGCUUGCAUGGAGGAUCCCGCAGAACUGGAGAGCUCAUCUACUGCCAACAAUGUGCACCCGGCUAACGGCAAUCUGCGACAGCGGCGCAGUACUCCUAUCAUAGCAAUGACAGCCGAUGUACUGAAGGGAACGAAGGAACAGUGCUAUUCUCAUGGGAUGAAUGGGUACUUCACCAAGCCCAUGGGCGAGGACCAGUUCUAUCGAAUGGCGACACAGUUUUUCUCAUAGAUGGAUGGAUGGACACAGAUCUAUCUUCGUCGUCCUCAUCAGCAGUGCGGUUUUGUCGCCGUAGAUGUCGUAGACGAAGGCAGUCUGAUGUGAGCUGAAGGGCGGUGAUGGCGCAAAUUUUGGACGUCAAGAUGAGAUGAUGGGUGAUGAUGGCGAGCAGCAGACGACGCAAACAUAUGCGAGCGCUGUUGUACCUUCUGUCACUCUGAAGUACGCCCGCUACGGAACAGAGGAAAUGAGAUCUGAAGAUUCUGAGCCCUUGAUACAAUCUUUUUCUUGUGUUCUUGAAGAGUGUGGUUGCAUACGUCGACCACCAAAGGAGGGAGAGAGGGAGAGAGGGAGAGAGGGAGAGAGGGAGAGAGGGAGAGAGAGAGGAGAGGGGGGGGGGGGAGGAAGGGGAAGGGCAAGAAGUUCACAUCAAGCCAGCAAUAGCAAUAACUUGAAAGUUGUGAUGGUUGAGACGGAGAGAACAGCAAACCUGCAGACCUUUUUUUUUUUCCCCCAGAUCCAGAAACCUGCAGACUUUCAGAUUGACAGGACAGCUGCUGGUUUUUCUGCUGAAACAAUGGUUGGGGUGGUAUGUGGAAUCACCAGUGGUAUGGUGGUGGACCCUAUCUUGUCGAGCCUCAAAUGUUUUGCACCUUAAUGGGCGUAGCUUGGUUUGUACACCGGACAAACUGUUGAAAUGCAGACCGAAGUUUGAAUCCAGUCCAGAUACAAUCAGGUGACCAGAAUGGAUUUGGUCACUGCCAGGUCAGUACAUGGAAACUGCGGGCUCCAGGUAUGCUGCCGCGUCGAGGGUCCCGGCACUGGUGGUUUCAGCACCAGUAGUUGUUGGAUGCUGAAGAAAGGCAUCGUGCUUGUUGUACUGGAAAGGGUCGUGAGAAAGAGCACUCAAAGCGCCGGCGAGUUGGAUGUCAAAUGAAGAAAUGAAGAGAGGGAGUGCUGCAAACAUGAACAUACUCCAGCGUAUGGGACAUGUUCGCUGCCAAUCGUCAUCAUCGUUGGUGUAGACGGCCUCGAAUCUGAAGAGAACAAGCUGAGGUGGAAGGAAGGAUGCAAGAGAUCGACCUCCUCCAAAUGGAUGGUCCAGAUGAAUUGUGUAGACCCAAGCUUCCAAUCAUCAGAGCAGUCACCUGUAGACUCAUUACCAUCUUGGAAGCCGAGCGAGAACCUCUCAUUACCAUCUUGGAGCCGAGCGAGAACUUCUGUGGAUGGAUUUAGGUAUCGGCAUGUCAGGAAAUACAUGUUGACGUCAUCAUUGAUGCUGACGUCGGCAUGUCAUGCUGGAGCCAAAAGAGACAGGAAGGAGGUAGAAGGAAGGAAGGAAGGAAGAAAGAAAGGAAGGAAGAAGGAAGGAGAAGGAAGGGGAAGGAAGGAGGAGGAGGAAGAAGGAAGGAAGGAAGAAGAUUCAAUGCUGACGUCAUCAUUAAUGCUGAUGUCGGCAUAUCAUGCUGUUGUGAAAAGAGA